AUGCUGCAGCGCCUGGCUGCGAGACCCCUGCGCUUGGUCUUACGCUCCUCCAGGCUUCACGGUAGUAUGGCCUCGGUGCAGCGCUACAAUGCUCCUGUCUUUCCAGCGGCCAACAGAAAAUCUCUGUGCCCGUUGCAGGUAAGGCGGUUCAGCAGCGUCGAGAUCAAGACUCCCGAUUUCGGGGCCGAGAGCAUCACCGAGGGUACGCUCAUGGAAUGGCAGAAGAAGGUGGGCGACUUCUGCGCCAAAGGUGAGAUCCUGGCGGUGAUCGAGACAGACAAGGUGAGUACCGAGGUGAAGGCGCCCGACAAUGGCGUCCUUGAGAAGAUUGUGGCUCAAGCUGAUGAAACAGUUCAGAAAGAUCAGCUGCUGGCUGUCCUCAAGCCAGGAGGAGAGCCGCCUCCCAAAGCAGCCAAAGGCCCCGAGGUGGCACCCGCCUCCCCUGCCGCUGCCCCAGCAGCACCGGCGGCUGCCCCGGCUGCCGUCCCGGCCGCCCCGGCUGCGGCUCCUGCAGCAGCUCCGAAGGCAGCUCCCCCGCCGAAAGCGGCUCCGAAGCCCAGCGGGAAGGCUGGGCCCCCUGUCGAGGGCUGGUGGAUGGGCAGCUGGCGAAAGCACUGGUAUCCCUGA